AUGUGUGGCUCACAUGACUUAUGGUUUGUGAGUGUUUGUUUGUGAAAUGUUUGUCGCCGUGUUCGCUCCUGUGGGUGUUUAUGCUGUGAAGUUGCUCUGUUGCAUCCCGUAGAGGGCUUGUCUGACUGGUUUUGCUCUACGCCCCCACACACACACACACGCACACACACACGGGGCGUGGAAAGAGACGGGCUCAAAUACUAAUGUGGCAGAUGUCUGCAGUUCAGCAUCUAUGUGUUUAAGCUGUGGCCCUGUUCACAGCUACAGCGACUCCCGUAAGCCAGCGCUGCACAGGCAGGAUGGCCGGGGACUGCGUUCCCAAGGGGCGAGACCUGAAGGAGAUGGGCGAGGAGGAGCUGUGGGAGCUGAUCAACGACAACCGCCACCGGAUCUCCCUAGGGGUGAAGCCCAACGUCUUGAUCCCCUACCUGAGACAGGCCAGGGUGCUCACCGAGAUGGACGAGGACGAGAUUCUCUCCAGCCACAACCUGACCAACCGCAGCAUGAGAACCAGCCACAUGCUGGACCUGCUGAGGACCCAGGGCAGGAACGGUGCUAUGGCCUUGCUCGAGGGCGUCAUGAUCCACUAUCCGAUCUUAUACACCCAAGUGACAGGACACAAGCCCAGCACCGAGCCCUCGCGAUUCAGUGGCCUGAUAAAGUACUCGGAGCUGACGGAGUAUCUGAUCAGAGCAGUCACAGGAAUGCAGAAGGAGCUGCAGGAGGCCCGCAGCGAGGCCAGCAAAAUGGGCACGCGCUGCACCUCCCUGGAGUCCGAGAUCAGGCAGCUCAUGGAGCAGGAGGAGAAGUCCGCGCGCCUGCAGGCUGAGAGCGAGCGCAUGCGGAGGCACCUGUGCACGCUGCAGCGGGAGGUCACCAAGCUCAAGGACGAGAAGUGCGACUUGUACAUGCGCUACACAGCUGCCAUUGAGGAGAAAUCGGCUGUGAGCAAGCGCCUCCAUGACCUCAACCUGCAGGUGUACCAGCUUGAAACUGAAGUGCAGAAAGCGCAAAUGGAGAGCGAGUCGCAGGCGCGGCGGUCCCCGAGGUGCGUGUCGCUGGCUGAGGCGCCACAGGAGGAGGUCCGGAGCGUGCGCUACGAGCUGGCAAAGGCCCAGCAGCUUGACCCUGCGCAUCGAGACAUCUUGGCCCAGGACCUGGCGGAGGCCAUCGACAGUCAGGUGGAGCUUGCGGAGCAGCUCAGGUGUUACAGAGAGGAGAACGAACAGCUUCUCAACUCAAAGCAAGAGCUCCUGGAGCAGAAGGAGAGUCUGGCCCUCCAAGUGCAGCAGCUGACCCUGGACUGUAACAUGCUCCAGCAGAAAAGCACAGUGAUCCAGAACCAGAUGAGAGAGCUGCAGACAGAGCGAGACCAGGCGUACCUGUCCAGGGACGAGGCCCAGGCCAUCAUCGCCCGCACCCUUGCAGAGAAGGACGUCCUGAGGUGCCAGCUGGUGGAGCUACAGGAGAAGUCCUUCAGGCUGCAGUCCGGCUGCAGGACCCGAGAGCAGCGACAGAGCUCCGACGAGACAGACGGCGAGUGGGACAGCCCCCGGUCCAGCUGUGAGGCUAUUCCCCUGAGACGCAGGCUUUGCCGCAUGGACGCAGUGAAUCCUAUGUCACCUGAAAUGACUAAUGAAGAUGCAGCAUCGUGUAGCAUUCGGUCCCGGAACGCGGAGCCGCCCUGUACGGAGUCGCUGCGCAGACGGGAGGAGGACCUGCAUGAAGACAGCAGCGCUGAACGAGCCGAGGCCGACUCCUUUCUGGCCGACUUUGUGUUCCUCCCCAGUGAGGGAAUCGAUGACAAGCAGAAGUCCAGGCAUUCCUCUGGUUCUGACGGCUUUUCAAGAACUUCAGUCCCUCCUUUCCUCAUGCGCUCCCGUCCAAAAGCCAUCCGCGUCAACGGCCGCUUGCUCAGCAUCUCCUUCCACGGGGAGGCGCUGCUCAGCCAGCUGGCAGUGGUCGGUGGGAACAAGACGGGAGUGUUUGUGCACAAGGUGACCGAGGGGAGUACAGCGCACGCUGUGGGCAUCGGCCCAGGGGCGCAGAUAGUGGAGAUAAAGUAUGAGCAGAACAACAAGGCUUUGAGGAUGGUGCUGGAGGACUCCACUCUGGAGGAAGCCAUGUGGGCCCUGAGUCAGGUUACAGGCCUCUGCCACCUCUCCCUACGGCCCCGGCAGGACGACUACGCCCUGCUCCUCCAGCAGCUACAGAGCAGUGAGACAUCUUCUGGAGAUUCCUUUUAUGUACGUGUGAACAUCUCCAUCCCCGCCGGCCCCAGCGGGACCCUGGCCGUGUCCUGCCACGACAUCCUGCACGUGACCAACACUCGGCCCUCGGGCUCCGAGGACUCGUGGUUUGCCAGCCAGGUUCACCCCUGUCAGCUUCUAGACCUUCAAAGUGGAAACGUGCCCAACUAUUACCGGGCGCAGCGACUUCUGAUUCGAGCCAUUGAAGAUAUGAAUUUUGAAGCGAAGUGUGAAAAUCAGACCAGGCAUUUGAUGGCGCAGAACAAACACAAGGCGGUCAGGAUAGUCAGCACCGGACGUCAGGGCAGAAAUCCACUGUGGGUCAGCGUGGAGGAUGAAAACAGCCUGGGUGCUGAGUCGGGUGAUACAUCCGCACGCAGGAGUUGCGUCACCCUGAUGCCGUACACCCUGGUCACCCCCCAUUACCCGCCCGUGUGCAGGCCCAUCCUGCUCCUGCCCACCGUUUUGGGACGCAUGCUGGACAAGAAGCUGGCCAGCUGGCAGGGCUUCGAGCUCUGUGAGCCUGAGGUGCUGAGCUCCUGUGAGCGCGCAGUCCGCCUGCAGAGGUCUGAGAUCCUGGAGGAGUGUGAGCAGGGAACCGACUGCUGCUACACUCUGCAGGGCGUGGAGAAAAUAAUGAAGAAGGGACUCCACUGCGUGCUGCCGCUGGGCCUGGACUGCGUGCGCCGGCUGCACCGGGCCGAGAUCUUCCCCAUCAUCAUCUUUGUGGACCAGUCCUCCAGGAGCGCGCGGAAACUGAGGUCAAAGCUGCAGCGGCACAGCCAGUGGGAGGGGCAGCUGCUGGCGUGCUCCAGGAGCGAGGAGCCCCUCCUGGACAAGCUGCCGUGCCUGUAUCACAGCGUGACCCCGGACACGUGGUGCGACCAGGCGUCCCUGCUCACCAGCCUGCGCACCGUCAUCUGGGAGGAGCAGAAGAAGAUCGUGUGGGUGGAGCCCGACCUGUGGUGACGGAGGAAACACUUCCAUCUGUUGUUAAUAUUAGAUUAGAAAUGUAUGUAUAAUACAUGUACAUGUGCUUUUUUAGACUAUAUUUAUGAUGAACAGCCUUUUUACAACCCUUUUGUAAACACGAGUAUGUAUCUGUGAUACCUGUAUCCAUGAACAGGAGAAUGAAGGAUUCUUAUGAGAAUGUUAUUCAAUCUUGUACUAACACUGACUUUACUCAGAAACACAUUCUGUGUGUUGCCUCCCUUUAUGAGGCCGUUGUAUUUACAGUGGUGUGUGUGUCCACGUAAAGCACUGACUGUAUGUUAUUUGUGUAUAUGUAGGGCAGGUCCCACUAUGAGAUUGCUGUCAUGUUCACUCCUAUCUGAAUUAGCCCUUAGAUUUAGAUUGGACCUUAACCAGGAAGACCGAGCUUAACACUAAGCAUUGUCCACUGUUCCUCUGCUGUUCUGCAUCUUGUUGGCUUCUUUUGUGUGGAUGUUGUAGUCAGAUUGUGUGAUGGUGUUUGUUUUCCUGUGUUGUAUUGUACAUCACUGUCCAAUUAUUCUCUCAUUUACUAUGUUUCAGCUCGUUCUCUCAAUGUCUAUGUUUUAGUUGAACAUGUUGAUCCACAAUGUGUGUUCUUAGUGUUUAAUAACAUAAUUCAUGAUUGUGUCUUGACUUAAUUAUGAAAGCAACCAAACAAAACAAGCAUCAACCUCAGGAACAAGCCAAGGAAACACUCAACACCACAGUGUCAAUAAAGUAAUUUGUCCCUAUGAACUGAUUGAUAAACACUGUGUGAUACAGUCA